AUGUCUAUGAAUGGAUGUGAUGCUGAUUUCAAGACGCCACUUGGUACGGUGGAGACAAGAACCAUGACGGCUGUUUGUUAUCCGGCAACCGCCACUGAGAGGUUAAUCUCCGCCGUGUCUGAGCUCAAAUCUCAACCUCCGCCGUUUUCUUCCGGCGUCGUCCGGUUACAGGUGCCAAUUGACCAGCAAAUCGGAGCAAUCGAUUGGCUUCAUGCCCAGAACGAGAUUCAGCCUCGUUGUUUCUUCUCUCGUCGCAAUGACGUUGGUCGUCCCGAUCUUCUUCUCGAUUUGGCGUCGGAGAACGGAAACGGAAACGGACGAUUGUCAUCGGAACGUAAUCUGGUUAGCGUCGCUGGUAUCGGCUCCGCAGUUUUCUUCCGUGACCUUGACCCAUUCUCUCACGACGACUGGAGAUCCAUCCGAAGGUUUCUGUCUUCUAAGUCACCUUUGAUUCGUGCCUAUGGAGGCAUGCGAUUUGAUCCUCAUGGCAAGAUCUCUGUGGAAUGGGAACCUUUUGGUGCAUUUUACUUUGCAGUGCCUCAGGUUGAAUUUAAUGAGUUUGGGGGAAGUUCGAUGUUAGCUGCAACUGUUGCUUGGGAUGAUGAACUCUCUUGGUCGCUUGAAAACGCCAUUGAAGCACUUCAGGAAACUAUGCUUCAGGUUUCUUCUACUGUAAUGAGGAUACGGAGUGAAUCUCUAGGAGUAUCUGUUGUUAGCAAGAAUCAUGUUCCUACAAGAGGUGCAUAUUUCCCUGCUGUGGAGAAGGCUUUGGAGAUGAUCAAGCAAAAAAAUACAUCUCUUAGCAAGGUUGUGCUUGCUCGCAACAGCAGAAUUAUCACAGAUACCGACAUUGAUCCCAUUGCUUGGCUUGCACAGUUACAGCGUGAAGGGCAAGAUGCGUAUCAGUUCUGUCUUCAACCACCAGGUGCACCUGCUUUUAUCGGAAACACGCCUGAAAGACUUUUCCAAAGGAAUCAAUUAGGUGUCUGCAGUGAAGCUUUGGCUGCAACUAGGCCUCGAGGUGCUUCAGCGGCUCGUGAUAUGGAGAUAGAGCGUGACUUACUAACCAGCCCUAAAGACGACCUCGAAUUCUCUAUUGUACGAGAAAACAUAAGAGAAAAGUUUAACUCUAUAUGUGACAAGGUAGUUGUUAAGCCCCAAAAAACUGUGAGGAAGCUUGCAAGAGUGCAACACCUAUAUUCUCAAUUGGCAGGAAAGCUUACGAGGGAGGAUGACGAGUUUGAGAUCUUGGCUGCUCUGCAUCCAACUCCAGCUGUUUGUGGGCUCCCAGCAGAAGAAGCCAGGCUUUUGAUUAAGGACAUAGAAUCGUUUGAUAGAGGAAUGUACGCUGGACCGAUUGGGUUUUUCGGUGGGGACGAGAGUGAAUUUGCGGUUGGGAUCAGAUCAGCUCUAGUCGAAAAGGGUCUUGGGGCAUUGAUCUAUGCGGGGACAGGGAUAGUAGCAGGAAGCAACCCAACCUCAGAGUGGAAUGAGCUUGAUCUAAAGAUAUCUCAGUUCACCAAGUCAAUUGAGUGUGAGGCAACAACAGCUCUGCAGGCGAUUAACUGA